CAUUUUAUUAAAAUCAUCACAAUUACGCGCACAUCACGUGUGUUUCGCUCUCGUGCGCAUCUCGCGGAAGAUCGGUCCACACUUCCUGCAUCAUCCGAUCAAGGGCGUGGAAAGAGAGAGAGAGCGCGCAAGGGGCGUGAAUGGUUUCUUUCAGUCCGUCCUCCUCUCUCUGAAUCUUCAGUUCUCCUCUAACAUGGCUGCGCUCUCAGCCUGGUUCUGGAACGAGCGCUUCUGGCUUCCGCACAAUGUCACCUGGGCGGAUCUGGCCGACCCGGCGCCCGGUCUGGAGUACCCGAAAGCCGGACACUUGAUCACGGCGCUCCCGCUGGCACUGGGGAUAUUCGCAGUACGGAUCUUCUUCGAGAGCAGGAGAAGAUUCAAUGGGGAAGAGAGGAGAAGAUUCAGUGGAGAUAGAGAUGCCAUUGUUGCCUUAUAUCAAUCAGUAGCAGUGAUCUUCCUCCACAUUACAAACACAUCAGCAUCCCAUCACCCUCGUAUCAAUAAACAAUCCACCUGUAUGUGCUCAUGAACCAGAGGAAAAGAUUGACCUUUGAUUUGUUAUUACAUAGAAACAUUUCAAUAGCUUGAAUAAAUGAAGUUAAUAAAAAGAUAAGUCAUUAUAAAUAUAAUAAAAGUCAAUAAAAUUAAAGUUGAUGGAACACAUCUGUUGUUCACACUGAUCUACAGAUAAACCUUGAUAUUAUUUUAAACAUAAAUUUCAGAUUUCAUAUCUGUUUCUAGAUGCAGACAUUGUGUACUGCAUAUAAUAUUUGUUGUUUUAUACAGCUAGUACAGUGUUAUAUAAACGGUGUCAUAGUAUGCAUACUUUACAAAUAUACACUAUGCAAAACAAUGAAUGGUUUAAAUGAGUAAAUGUGAAUCUGCGGAUAAAACAGUGUGUUAUUGUUAACCUGAUGAUCUGUUGAUCUUCACUUCUAGUUAGUAUCUAAUCAGUCAGUUUUCUGUCCCAUAAUGCCACAGAGGCAGAGGAGCCAUCAGAUUCAUAAAGUAAAACAAAUAUAAAUACUUGCGAACUGAAAUAAUUUGACUGUUUUGUAGUUUGUGUUUCUGUAGUUUAAAUGAUAGCGUGUGACGCUAGCAGCAGCUUUAGGUUUAAUUUCUCUCUUAUUAGUUUAUCAGUGAAUAUAGCUCUGCAUACAUGCUUUUAUGUUCAAAUGUAAGAGUGUAAGAGAUACAGGUCACAAACACAUUGUUCCUGUGCUUAAAUUGCUCAGAUCAACAUAUUGUUAACAUAUUAUCAGGAAUGUAUUGAUAUUUGAUACUAAACACUUUUUGAGAAGUAAAUGGUAAACAUAGUCAGUAAAGUACACAGACUGAGCUCAUGUGUCUCAGUCUAAAGAGUGAAAGUGUUUGUGUUGAAGAAUCUAGAAAUCAGACUUUAAUGAUUCAGUGUUACAUUGACAGUUUUUUAGUUAUUUUAACUUUUUUUUAAAGCUUUGCCAAAUGUUUAUAUUCUAAAUUCUGUACCGUGUUUUAUUAUUAUGUAACCACGAUUGCUAUAGUAAAUAACUACUUGUUUACAUUUUGUUACUGUAUAUUAAUAUUGUUUGUGUCUUAGACAGUGAGACAUAUUUAAUGUGACUUGAAUGUAGAUUGAAUAUGUUUUAAUGUUGACAGACGAUCAUCUGUACACUACAUUUCACAAUCUUUUGUGUUUUUUAUUAAUGUGAAACUGCAUGAUGCAUCGAUUAAAGCACUUAAUUCAAAGAUUGCACUAAACCCCCAAAAAUGUUGAAGUCCUACACUUUAAUCUCUUUUAGUUUGUUCUUCUCUGAACAUUAUGUUUACUGUAACAGCUUUUAUAUGAUACAUCACUCAUGUUAUAAUCCUCAUUUUGUUGAAUAAAAGCA